AUGAACAGACAGCUUCUGCGAGCGCCAUCUGAGCAAUCGUUACUUGAUAAAACGCUUUCGCCCCUCAAAAACGCCGUUUCCGAGGUUCGAUUUGUUGGUAUUUUUGAUGACUACAAGACCAAUAAACUGUAAAUCAAGGUUGAAAAAUAAUUUUUAAAAAGCGAAAGUUUUAUGAAAAAAAUACUUUUAAAGAAAAAAAGUAUGAACUUCAGUUCCGAAUUUCAAAGAUCAAAGAAAAAAAUAAUUAUUUCUCAAAAAAAGGUAGAAUAUACAUUCUCUUUAGAAAAAAAUUUUAAUAAACUUUUUUUAAAAAAAGAAUCAAAAAAAUUUCUUAGGAGCUUUUUUUACUUUGUUUUUUUAACAUUACAAGACUUCUUCAUUUUUUUAAAACCCUAGAAAGAAUUCCAAACAAUUUCGAAUCCUAAAUUCUGCUUUCAGAAUGAAGAAGAGGAAUACUUGGACAUAACGCUGCCGCUUUUCCGCAAAGGGAGCAUCACGCCUUCAAGAUCCGCCGGGCCUUCGAAACAGACGACGCCGACGUCGCGAGUCCGACUCCCGCUCUCGCCGCUGCUCAACGAGUCGGCCCUCCAGGAGUCCUGCAUCGACCUCUUCGCCUCGCCGCCGAAGCCUCGCAAGUCUCUCCGGAGCAAUGACGACGACGUCGCUUUGACCCGCAAACGGAGUGUUCAGCAACGCUACGCCGGUCUGAUCAACGAGUAUUCGGGGAUCACUCAGGACGUCUUCUGCACGACUUCCGCGAAGAAAGCUCCCCCAAUUCGCCCUCAAGAAAGUGUAGAACUAGCCCUUAGAGGGUUUGAAGUCAAGAGCAUUCCGUGUACGAGUCGAUUGGAUUCAACUCUCCCUCCAGUGCCGAGAAGUUAUGUACAACAAGGACCUCGAUUCGACUUACCUGGUCCUACUGCUCCACUGAAGGCUAGAAAUUAUGGAAAAGGUGCAGGAACUCAUGAACCUAUGAAACAAUCUGACCAACUUGAUCUGACGCUUUCUCCAGAACCAAGAAACUAUCGGAAAGCUGAACCGGCUGAGGAAAUCUCUUACCAAAAAGCCACAAGUCGUUUGUAUUCGCCUGGACCUGCUCUUCUUCCGGAACCGACAAAUCAUCGGAAAGCCUUGCCGCAAGGACACUCUGCAAGAGGCUACAGCGAUCACAGUCGACAUAUCUCGAUGAAUUAUAGAAAAGCUGAACCUGUCAGGGAAAUGCAGUACGAACAUCCCACCAGUCGAUAUUCUUCUCUUGGCCCUACUUUUCCUCCGGAAACAAAAAAUCGAAAAACUCGAGAAUAUUCCGCCAGAAAUUCAGCUGUUUUUGAUACCACCAAUGACGCUUUCAGUCCUGCUCAACCACUUGAAACGAGGAAUCAAAGAAAAGAAGAACUUUCUGGUAAGACUUCGAUUUACUUCCAACGGCCAACUCGAUAUGAUUCGACUCUUCCUCCAGAACCCAGAAACUAUGGGAAAGCUGAAUUUCCUCACCUUGAUCCCUCACAAGAGCUGAUCAAUCCUGGCUAUCGGGAGACCAUGAAGAUCCCUAGAGGCUCCAAAACUUCUCAAAAGGAAGGAGACGUUUUGGAAGUCCGACCUUCACGCCGCCAGAACGUCUCCACCGAUCGUCAAACCCAGUCUCAGCCGGCCCUGAUGCCUUCCAUGUGUUCUGAAAGACCUCCGAAGAAGAAAAACUAUGUGAUUUUCGACAGCGACGACGAUAUCGUCUACAGCAAGCCCAAGGGUCUGAAACAGAAGAAAAUGGACGCGUUUCUGGUGAAAUCCAGAAGAGUCGACAAGGGAAAUCGGCAGUUCGGCCUGGCCGACGUACGGAUGCCGACGGCGAAGGGCCUUAAAAACAGGGUUUUUAAAUUUUUAAUGAGUUUUUUCAAAAAAAAAAACGUUUAAGGCGGUGCAAAGAAAGUCGCAGGAAGCUUUGACCUUGGAAAAGCGGAAAAAGUCGCCGUCAGCUAUUAAUUUAGAAAGGAAAAAGAUGGUUGGUACUGUGGAACCUCAGGAAAUCAAGAGAAAUAAGGUAUACUCGAAGCUUGAAAAAAAUGUAAUAAUAAUGAUUAUUUGAGAUAGCGGAAAAAAAGAUUUUCCGAUAAAAGUUCCUGUUGAAACGACUUUUUCAGGUUUGAAAUUCGCCUUUUUGCGAAAAUAAAUGAAAAAUAUAAUAGUUUUAAUAUAGUUUUACUGUGGAUUAGGCUCUCAGUUAUUAUCCGCCCAGGCACCCGAGAUUUUACUCAAAACGCGUUUUGAUCCCGAUUUUUCCGCGCGUGGUUCCGAAUUCGUACCGCGAGAGAGAAUUUCUGGUACCUGAGAGACAAUUUGUUUUAAUAGGAUUAGUUUGACGUUUCAGAAUCUAUUUAACCGUCCCGGAAAAAUCAUUCAUCUAUUUUUUUGAGUGAACAACAAAUAUUUGAAAAAAAAAAAAUCAACAUCGAAAGAUAACUAAUUAAACGGCCAAGUCCUGACUUGAUUUUAGAAUUCCGAUCGAAAGAAGACGAUUUUUGCCGCAGGAAAGACAAAAGAAGUCGUCACGUGUGGAAGAAUUGGAGAAGGACCUCGAAGAAAUCGAGGAAAACAAGAAAAACAAGGCUUUCCGGAUCUUGAUUCAAAAUAAUUAUAAUAUAACGUUUUAGUUCGCGAGAAGAAAGUCGCGGGAAGAUUUACCAGGGGAAAUUCCUGUUGAAUCGACUGUUAAGGUUCGGGGAUUUCUAGGUCUUCCAGAUGUUAUUUUCAUCAUUUUUGGGUUUUUAAAGUUUUUCGUCUGUAGGAAUAAAAGUUUUUUUGAAUUUAUCAAAUUUCAUUUAACGCAUCAAAAAUUUACUUUAAAAAACAACCAAUUUUUUUCGAUUUUUCUGUUAUUUAAAAAUGAUUUCAAAUUUUUUUAAUAAUUAGUAACCAAUACUCGCAUAAUAUUUUUUUGGAUUUUUUUAACGCUUUCUCUGAAAAAUAGAAAUAGAAAUGGAAAAAUUGACUUUGAUUUCUUCACUGGCUUCACUUAAUUUAUUAUAUUCCAGAAACCAGAUCGGAAAAAGACGAUUUUGUCGGAGGAAAAACAAAAAAAGACAUUUCCAGCGAUGGGUUUCGAGAUGGAAAAUGAACUUGGAGAAACUCAGCCUCUCUUCAAUUCGGCUGAGAAAAAGUGGUCUAGGAGGAAAGUGAGUGAUCAUUUUGACAAUAUUUUGAAAAAAAAUGGAGAGAUCAAAAAAACAUCCUCGUUCAAAGGAAUUAUUUUUUUGACUUUAAGGAAAAAUUUCUGUAGAAAAAAACUGAUUAACAUUAUUUUUUUCUUUAAAAUGUGCAAAUUUUUUUCGAUUAAUAUUUUUUUAUCGUUUCUUACGAGGUUAUUUAUAAAACUGACAUCGUAAAUUACAAAUUUAAUUAACUUUUGUCUUACAAUCAAAAUUUUCAAAAUUGAAGAUUAUUUUAUGAGGGAGUUGAUGAGCAAAAAUUUCGUUAAUGAAAAAAAAACCUUCUCAAGUUUUAAAUUACAGAUCUCUGUUCACUCUAACGAACCAGCACAAAAACCGUCAACUUCCAGAAAUCUUUCUAUUUCGGGAGAGAGGGGAAGGAAUAAAACUCAAGAAAAGGAGGUCUGUUGUAAGAAUGAAAAACCAAUUUUUGAAUUUUUUGUGACUCUCUAAGUUUUGUGCAUCUCAAAGACUUUUACCUUUUCAAAUUCUUAAUUUCUUAAAGCGAUGAAUUUUGUAAUUUUCACCUAAGUUUACAGAAAAACGGGCUUUGAAGCGUUUAUUCUUAAAAUUGCGCAAAAAUUAUUUUUUUAAACCUUUUCUUCACAAAAUUUCAAAGUUUUGCCCAGAUUAACCGCCAUCGCGUGCCAUUUUUUAUAAUCGACCAAAUAUUGAACACCUAUACCCAUAACCGAUCAAAAAUCGUUGUUUACCCUAACUUUUCAAUAUAACUUCUCGGUUCACACGAGAACGGGUUCGGAAUCUUUCUCACAAACUUGUUUUCUUUUGUUCUAAAGGGUUAUUUUUACUGAUUUCCCAAACUUUUCUCAUAGUUUUCACAUAUUUUGGGUUAGUUCCCUGCCUUCAGACUUGCUAUUUUUGUAAUGUACAAACAAGUUAGUUUUGUGAACUUCUCAUUAAGGAUUAAUUCAGAGGUCUUCAUUUACCUCACUUUUCAACUGUUUGAAAAAAGUUUUGACUUUUUUUUCGGUUUUUCAUUACAGGAAGUCUUUCUAUUACGUUUUCCUAUACUUUAUUCCUCACUUCCUUGUCAAAAAGUUCUGAAGAAUUUGUAAAUUUUCAAAGAUAGGUCCUGACACGAAUAACAAGAUAGUGUGCGAAAACAAGAAACCUUUCAAUAAAAUCAGUUGCAUCAGAAAAUACAACAAAAAAACCUUUUUUCACAACUUUCCUGUAUCGUGGACAUCAUAGUUUUGUCAUUUUAAAAUCAAAAAACCAUUUUUCCAGCAAGCUCAAAAGCCUGAUUUCGCGGCAUCUGCUCUACAUAAAAAUGUUGAAAACCCCAAGAAGGAGAGGGCUUCCACGACGGAUCGAGAAAAGUACAUGAAAGAGUUGUUGAGGAAGAGCGCCAAGGAGAGAGAUGAAGAUGCUGUGAAGGUAAAAACAAUUCUUGUUUCAUUUUAUGCUUCUUCGUUUCCCCUAUCUUCUUUCUCUGAAUAUUCUUUUCUUUAAAAUGUUUUGUAAACUUGAUAUUUUGCCUCAAUAAUUUAGGGACACCAUAGUGGUCCCUAUAGGGGCACCCUUAGAGGUCCUUGAAGGAUCCUCUCUUGAUGCCGCUUUACUUACUUUUGUAGAGGCCAUUUAGGCUUGCAAAAGGGGCCCUUAUAAAGUUUUUUGUUACUGGCCUCCGUGAGCCCCUUUAGGGACCACCCAUGUUUUACCUCUAUUGCGGGUCCUUUUUCGUCCAUUGCUGUCUCUUUUUUCGUUUCGAAGAUUCUAAGUUGAUUCGACCACAGAUCUUUCUGAUCGACGGUCCCAACCUUUUUUGAAAUUCUGAGCUUGAAUGAGCAAUCUCGAAAAGGUCAGCAGACUGGAAAUGGACUCGACCUAAAAUUUAAACGGACUUCUUCUCUUUAAAACGGAUUCCUCUAAUUAUUUGAAAGUUUCUGUGAAAAACACCUAAUUUUUUAAAUAUCAACUCAAGCUAGCAGAGACUACAAGAAUAAAUCUUUCCAGAAUGCGGCGCGGUCCAAGUUAAAACAAGGCGACGUCGUCAGAAAUCGGAACGACCGUCGACUUCUAAUGCACGGACAGGCGUGUCCCUGCUGCCAAGGAUAUUACGACGCCUUGGAUCUCUCGCCCGAUUCCAAGAAGAAGUACAUCGACGAGGUAAUCCAGGAAGAAGAAAAAAAUCCUCUGAAGAAAAGCCGGAUUAAAAACUUCAAAAGCGCGAUUUGCAAACUCAUUUUUGCUUCAUGGCAGCAAAAUUUCAGACUAUCGAUCAAAAUUUUAUACUUUCAGCUGAAAGGCUUUUUUUUUUGAAAGCUUCUAUCGAGUAAAAAGAAGAGAAAGAACAACUUCCGGAAGAAAAUUUCUAUAAUUAGAAAACGAUUGUCUCUCGUCUUCUGGAACCGUGGGAAAACUCUGAAACCAGACUUUAUGCAUGGAAGGCACGCCUCAGACUUGAUCGACAAGAAAGUGUGGCAGGAGUGUUUAGAAAUAAAUUUAAAAAACGGUUGCAGAAAUGCCUGAAACUAGUGGGAAGGCUAUGUACCAGAAUACUGUUUUAUUGUAAUCAUUGGCGAAAUUUAUGUCAUUACUUUUUUUUUGUAUGCACCUGCUCCGGAUAACCUCAAAUGUCCUUGAUUAUAGAAACCACCUGAGUUUUGCCCUUCUAAGAAGCACUAGAGAAGCGCUGUUUUUCCCAAACUCCUCAAGGGACCACUCUGGAAUUCCUAAGACCGCUGAGUUUUAACGUAUUAUCAAACGUAUACUGAUCAGAAUAUUUGCGAUUUUCGGUUAUUUUCGAAACUGAGUUAGUCCGGGAGGAGAGGUCAAAUUACAAAAAUUUCGAAAAAAAUAAAAACAAAUAGAAGUUUUAUUUUAACCUCUGUUUGGCCAGAAUAAAAUCGAGUUCCAACUUGGGGAGGUCUUACUGACUUUGAUCUAACCACUAGACUAGGCAGUAUGGAUUGACGGCCUUCACCGUUCAUUGAGAACUUUAUGUAAUCAAUUUCGGUUGUUUUCUGAGUUUUUUUCCCCCAUCUUUUCCAUAUUUGUAGGUGAGCCGACAUCGCUACGUCUACCAGCCGCUGCCGGAGACGCCUCCACACUAUUGGGACGUCGGGAUUCCUUCCGAAGAAGAGCUUCAAAGACAGGGCUUGAUCCAAUACGCGACGCAGCCGCUUCGCGUCACCGAACCCGACUCUACGGCUGGGAAAGUCGCCAAAUGGGAUGUGUAAAUAUUUUCACCUUGUAGAGUUAAUCCCCUAGACACUUUUGUUUUAAAGGUACAGUGAUAUUUGAAAGAUUUCCGAAAGGAUCCUUUUAAAGCUCCGUCCUGCUCUUUCAAAAACACCUCAUUUUAGAAUUCAAUCAACUAAAAUUUCAUUCAUUUACUUCUUCCACUUUUUUGGGUGAGACUUUUCGCAUAAUCUUCUCAUUUAUCGAUCUCUUUAUGCAUUUUAAUUUACGAGAAGCUUUCCACUCGACCUGUACAAAACUUUAAUUUAUUCAUUGCCUUUUUGAUCCUUCUGGUAUUUUUUUCACACGUGUAUUUUAUUAUUGACUUUAUUUAUUUGACUUUAUGUCGAAUUAAAUUACUCACCUUUUUUUCAAUAUGUUUUGUUUGUUUCAAUCGGUUCUUAAUAAGGCCGUGGUGAAUAUCUUCUUUUUCGGUUUUUUUCGAACUUGCCAUUGGAUGGAUAAUAUUUCGAAAUCUUCAGAUCCUUUGUGUAUCAACGGCUCGAUUAUCGAUUGGAAAAACUGAAAAGGUAAGCGUUAUGUCAAAAGUUCAAGUCCGUUAACUGUUGAUUUCUUUCAUUCUGAUGUUACAAUUUUUUUUCUAAAAAAAUUUUUUCCAAAUUCUGCUAUUUUAUGGCUGACAUCAAACGGAUGUAGGAUGUUCGAAAAUUCUCACUAGGUUUAAAAGAAGCGUUGAAAAUUCUAGUUUAGGUCCUGACACGAAAAGCCGUUUUCAGUGCUUCUUCGCCUCGUCUUUUAAAAAGCUCAGGUUGGGUGAUCAAAUUGAAAAAUUUUAAACUAAUUAUUGAAUCAAUAUUCUCGAUGUUUAAAAAAAUCACAGUUUUUUUAAAAAGAUAAUCCUGCAUUUAUCUUCUUCAGCAAAGUUCUAAGGAUUUCCUUUUUUAAAUAAGUGUCGCUUUUUAUUAUUUCCAAUGAUCUGAAACCGUUCCAUUCCUCUUGUUGAAAGCAGCGAAAAUUUUUGCGAAAAGCCUGCGCAAAUACUUUUCCGAAAGUUCCAUUGUGUUCCAGCUGUUCAAAGAUUAUGAUCCCAUUCUUUGUAAGCCUAAUUCACUUCUAUCAUCAAACUUUUCCCAUCGUUGCCAUGGAUUUCCCAGUUUUCCUGGCUGAGCUUGUCAAAAACUUUUUCCUUUUUUUUCCCAAGAGAUAUCAGAGAUAUCUCUUGGGAAAUCUUAUCUAGAGAAUUAUUAUAGAUAUGAAAAUUAUUCGCUUUUCUAAUCUGAAUAGAAAUCCUUUAUGAAGAGGAAACGUCUUGCAUGACAUAACGUAACCUAGAAAUUGGCUUUUCUUCUGAAUAUUUGUUUUCGAAGUUCCUUGUGCUCCUUCAAGCACUUACACGGAAAAAGUCCAAACAGCCUCGAAAAAACCUUUAAAAAAAGUCUAAAGCUCCUUUGAACGUAUCAAAAAGGCUUUAAAUGUGUCAAAAGUUUCCCUAAAUCUCCUUUUUUUUUUUUCUAACAACGUCCUUUUCAGAAAAAAGGAGCUUGUCAGGCCUUUUUUCCAAAAGCUUUUUUUCGGUCCUUUUGGACUCUGCCCGUGUCAACAAGAUUUUCAUACAGACUAGGGAAUUUAUGAAAUUUUAGAAUGAAACACGUGUCUCGCCUUUGAAGUUACACCUUUCCCCAAAUGAUUAUAUUUCGUUUUGCACGCCUGUUCCCGGUCUAAAAAUCACCUGAAACGUUGCUUUAUUGUUUUCAGAACCGCGGAAUUCAAAAAUUCCCCGUUUAAUGAGAUGAAUCAUUUUUUCAUAGAUAAUGUCGGUUGCUCGAAAGAAAGGAGAAGAUUUUUCUCCUCUUUAUUGGCCUCGAUUACUUUGGAAUCGUUCCUUCCCAACUGGCUAUGAUUUUGUUCAUUUGAAGAGAAUGAUACUAAUUUUUCUGCAGUGGUAGAACGGAGACAUUUUUUUCAUGGCUCUGUUAGACCUUCUGUUUCCUUUUAUUCCAUAGGAAUUUUCUAUUUUUCGUUGACGCUGCUUCAAAUAUCUCCAGAAAGAAUUGAUAUCAACUUUUAAAACCCAUAAAAAGUAAAGUUGCUGAAAAAUUAUUUUGGGAAAGUUCAUUUGUUCAAAGCUUUUUUUUCUUUGAGAAAGAAGUUCUUAUGACGGUUUCAUUGGAGGAACGAAAAACGUCAUGAAAAGGAAUUUGUACCCAUCGAGCCAUUUUGAAACAAUACAUUUUUCUCUCUUUUUCGUUGCUUUCUCACAAUGAACGCGUCAUAAAGGUUUAUGAUACAGGUAAAGCAAAGAAACACUUUUCUAUAAAUUUUGAUCAAAAAAUUGUGCAUUUCUCUGGCGCGGAGUUUUAUUUUUCGCGAGAAACAUGAAUUUUCUCUUGUUUUGUCUGAAAAGUCUUGAACUUCAUCUAUGCAGCUGCUUCUAGAUAUAAUCUUAUUCCAAAACCAACUUUUUGAAGGUCAAAUCAACAGAAAAAGAAGGUCAUUCUGAGCUCGUGGCUCUGGAAAUAGCAAAAAUAUCGCUUUUCAACUGCGUCAUAUCGGAUUUAUGCAACACAAUGAGAAAAAAAAACUACUCUAGAGUUAGUAAUUCCAGUUAGUUUUGCCUGGUCGCCAUGCCGACGCCAAUUGCUUGUCUUUUUUGACUUUUCCCUCAUAUAAUUCAUUCUUCUCCGAGCUUUAGCCGUUCUCAGGUGCUCAGUCUACCUUUUAUCAGUGAAUUUCAUAGGAAUAGAGUUGUUUUUUUCGAAUUUUUUCAAGUUUUUUUUUCAAAAUUCAAGAGGCGCUUUGAUCUUUUAAUAGUAAAGUUUACGUAAGAUACUUGCGAAAUAAUUGAUGAGUGCGCCUUUAAAAAAUCAAGAAAGUUGAUUUGGAUGAACUACAACUAUUUUAAUUAACCAUUUUCAUCUUGUUUCAAAAAUUAAAAAAGUCACAUUUCGAAGAUGUAAUAUUUUUUAGAAAAAGUAUUACUUGAACUCAGCUUUAACUGUAAAUUUGAACGCUAGACGUCAAAGUGUGACUUUUCUUGCAUGUUCGACUUUUUUUUCUGCAUUGAAAUCUGGUAAUUUGACACUAUUCAAGCUUUUCCUUCUCUCCCUCACCGCAUUUGUACUUUUGAGGAAAAAAAAGUUUUUUUUACUCACUAAAACCAAAGGAACUGCUCAACUAAAAACCACAGAGCGGUAAAAAUUUUGAUGAAAAACCUGAAAAUUUGUUUUGAAAAUGAGUUGGUACAGAUAAACUUUGUUUUUGAAACUCAGAAGUUGAUAUUUUCUUUGAACCGUUUCAAUUUAUAAGGCUUCAAUUAUCAUAGAAAAAAACUUGCGUUUUGAAACCGCCAAUCUAGACAAUUUUCUGAAUCUCCUUGAUGGGAAAAUUAAUGGAAAUGAAAUCGGUCGUUUUUUUAUUUUCUAUGUUGUUUGGUUUUUGGACGAAAAUUUUUGAAAAAAAUAUAAACAGUUCGAUGGGAAACAUUUCAAAAGCAAGUAAAUCAAAAAAAAAAAACCUUACCCAUGAACCUAAAACUACUUUUCUUACAUGCAACGAAAAUAAUGAAAUUUCGUGACGCAAAUAUUUUUUUUGUUGCUUUCUCCCCCACAGUCGUGUAAUAUAGAGAAGAGAUAGUUCGAUUAGUUCAAGGAAAUGGCGCGGCGCAGGUGUUUCCGAUGAAUUUUUCAACAAUUCCAUGAACGGCUAGGGCUUGAAUUCAUACGGGAGAUAGGCGCCGGACAAGCUUUUUUUCCAAUUUUUCACUUCUCCAAAGUUCAAUUUUCAUUUCCUAGUUCAGGGACAUUAGUUAAGCCAUGACAAGAAUAGAAAAAUGAGAAUUACUUGACAUAGAAGGAACAAACUCCAAUACGUUCAGACCCUAUCAAAAUGAAUUGAGAAACCUGAGGCUGUAUGCUUGAACGUUUACGCAGCUUAAAUGAGUUUAGGGCAGGUAAACUUGAAUAUUUUCAUGAACGUGAGAUUUUUGUAGGCUAGAAGUGUUGAAUAAAGCAAGGAGUAGACAUAAUUUCUUCUUGAAGCUAAUUUACGCUGCGUAAAAGACAAAAUCUGAAUUCAAAAACAACGGAAAAACUUAUUUUAAAAUUAAGAAGGUUAUACUUAAAGGCUGCGAUUGUUAGACCCAUUAUUAAAUGGGAUUUCGGCUUCCGGAAUGCAUUUUUGGUUCCAUUGUUGGCCUGGCGGCGUGUGGCGCUGGAGCAACCUUGUUGUGGGUCGAUACAUCGGCUGCAGCUUCUUCUCUCCCUUUUCCGAAUAUGUCGCGCCUCUCGCGUUUCGUCAUUCUCCUCAUCUCGCGGUCCUUCCCAGACCUCACUUUCGACCUCAUAUCUCUCCACUUUUUUUUUUUUGAAUGUUCAUUUUUUUUUUCUUUUUAGCGCCCCUAAAAGGUCUUCCUGCAAUGUUUUCUCGAUAGUACUGGAAAAUUAGACAUUCUUCUUCAGUGACCUUUUUACAUGUCUUCAAGCUCAGUCAAACUUUUUUCAAGUACACUAUAGUCAUAGAGAAAACAAAAAAGCUUCAGCUGAUAUCUUAUGGCUCAAGUUUCAUUUUCCAGCUUGUUUCGGAGACAUAUUUUUGAAUUUUCUCUCGUAUUUCAACGCUCUUUUACUUUAAAAAAAGGCUUUUUUUUUUUUGAAAUCAAAUCAAUCAAUCAAAAUCAAAUCGAUUCAGUUUUUAUCACAUCUCAGCUCUGUUAAAGGAAUUAUCUUCUAGAGUCUUUGAUUUUGAACUAAUUUUUUCAGAUUUCUGGGAAAGAGCUUCACUAAUCAUGACUCAUUUUUCAAAAAAAGCUGGAAAACUGCCCUAUCAAGCAUUUCAUUUGCUCACAUCUUUCCGUUUGUGUCCGAGAAGGUUUCAAAAUCUUUCCGACUUUGCAGAAAUGAAGGCCGAACAGCAACAGGCGCAAGGAAUCGCCACGGCGGUAGUUCAGUCGUCGCAACUCCCUCCAGCCGCUUCGAACGGCCCGACGCCAGGAUCGACCUCCGAGGCCGACUUGGCCGAGAAGCCGUUCAUCUGCCCUGAAGACGUUCUUCGUCUAGCUGGAAUAACUCAAGGUUCAGCUAUAGUACAUUCACCUAUAUCUCAAGGAAUUCUGAAAUUUCUCUGGUGAAUCAAGUUUUUUUCUUCGAUCAUAUUUCGUGCUUUUUUGCUUUUAAUUUCAGUCUUUUGGAUCUUCAAACUUUGCUUUCUUGAACCAGUCUUUGAACGAAGUCGAGAAAAGCAAAAAAAAGCGCGAAUUCGAAUAUAAAAUUUUGCCGGAAUUGUCCGUGGAGCGCAGACGAGAGUGAAAUUUCGCUACAUCUAUAAAAAAUUCGAUAAUGCAAACGUUUCUGAGUAUUUCUAGUGACAACUUUUUAUAGAUUUUUUUAAAAAUCACGUUUUUGUAGUACCACUGUCCUGUUUCGAUAUAUUCUAUGAACUACCUUUUGUUCAGACUACCUCUGCAAACCAAGCGCCAACAUAUACGACAUCGAGUUCACGCGAUUCAAGAUCCGCGAUCUGGACACGGAGCAAGUUCUCUUCGAAAUAGAGAAGCCAGGUAAGGAACUUGGGUUCAUUUCUCGUUUUUACUCUCUCAAGUUUCAUCAAAACUAAGUAGAUACUUGAAUCAGUUGGAAAGAUCUUUCGAAGGUUUGUUUUUCGGAAAGUUCGGUCAGCGAUUGAAAAAGAGCAAAAGUUUUAUGUGUUAAAACUCUGAAUCUAGGUUUGCUUCAAAAUAAAAAAAAGUUUUUGAAGUUUCAAGUAUAAUUUUUUCACAAAUAUACUAUAAUUUUAGGUUCUAACUUAUCUUUUACAGUUGAUUAUUUUUUCGAGGGUUACUCUGACUCAUUGGAAUCUGAACAUUUUCCAGAAGGACAGGAGGCGCCCCGAGAGCCGAGCGAGGCCUCGCGAUAUGUUCGCUACCGUUUCUCGCAAGACUUCCUACGGCUCAAACACGUCGGGGCGACUGUCGAAUUCGCUGUCGGACAGCGGCCUGUCAACAAGUUCCGCAUGAUCGAACGACACUUCUUCAAGGUAAGUCUUAGAAUAAAUAACCGUUUCUGGAACUUACGUAGGCAAGUAUAAAGUUUAUUCAGCCCUGGAAAAAAAUUUCUUUUUUGAAAAUGUUCGAGAAUAAGGUGGUUUCUUUUAGCGAAAAAAAACCUUAUUUUUUUCUCAUGAAAGUCAUCUUUUCAUCGUCAGGGAGUUUUUGUUGACUUUUUUUAAGAAAUGGUUGGGAAAAAGAUUGUUCAAAUAAAAAAAGUUGUCUUGAUAAAAAAAUGACAAAGUUUCUAUACAGCUUGAGAGAAUUCGUCUUGUUAAUAAGCUUAGAAACAACAUUUCUUUUAUAUAACCGAUGAAAAAAAGUUAGAUUCAUUCAGCCAGGAAAAAAAGUCCAAAAAUCCUUGGAAAAAUUUCUCUCCCUAUCCUUUUUUUAAAAAUAAAUUUUUUUGCUGUCAUUUACACGGUGGUCCCACUUCUUCGCCUAGAAGCCAAAAGCAUGUCCCAAUUUUUAAUCAACGGCUUCUUCAUAAUUUUCAUCUUCACGGGUUUCAGGACCGACUAUUGAAAAGUUUCGACUUUGAGUUUGGCUUCUGCAUCCCCAAUUCGCGCAACUCUUGCGAGCACAUCUACGAGUUCCCGCAGCUCACCGAAUCAUUGAGUUGGUUUUUCAAAAGAAAAAAUAAUUUGAGUCCGAAAAUAAAAAACUUGAACCAAGAUGUAGUCUCACAGUAUUAAGCCUGAAUCUCAUGUUGCGCAACUUUGAAAAUACCUUUAAAACUCAAAGUUUGCACAGAUAGCGAUUAUAUGUUGAUUAGAAGAUUUCUUGAGCAAAUUCAGAGAAAAUCCAAGUAGUCUAGAUAAAAAGGACUAUGUAAGUAGAAUUUAAUACAAAAAAUCAACAACUUGGCAUUUGCAGUAGAAGAAAUGGUGGCCAAUCCGUAUGAAACCCGUUCCGACAGCUUCUAUUUCGUCGACGAGAAACUGAUAAUGCACAACAAAGCCGACUACGCCUACGAUGGAUAA